CGUAUUUUUAACACUAUUUUGACAACGCCACGUGUCGGCACCUGAUUGGUUUGUUUGAAAAAUAAUUUUUUUUUAAAACCUAUGACCGUAACCCUUAUUUUGAGUGAAAAUCCUAAAAUAGCCCUUUCUCUGUUCCAUUGGAAACGAAGGUCCGUUCUCUUGAGAGGUCGAAGGUCGCGUUUCGUGCCGCUGCACUUUGUUCCGUUUGCGUGGUGUUGUCUCCGUCCAGUUUCGUCUCCUGUUAUCGUGCUGAAUGGCAAGUUCCGGUGACGAUUGUCCGACGACGAAGUUGAGUGUUCGUCACUCUUUUUCGACAAAGUAUAUAUGUACUUUGAACGAACGAUUGACAGACGAGCAUCGGUCAUUGAUUGCGAGGACUCCAUUUGCGUGGUUUUUAGAUGUCAAUGUGAAUGUUAAAGUAGGUAGAAAUAUAUUGAGUGAGUUAUUGGGUAAGUGGGACGACUGUAGUAGUGGUUUUUUAGUUGGGAAUAAAGUUUUGAAUAUAAAUGAAAAUGAUAUUUAUUUAGGGUUGGGAUUGAGUACAGAUGGUGCAAAUAUUAACUUAAAGGAAGAGCUGGGCAAUACUGAAUGUGUGAAGUACAUAGGCAAAGGAACAAAGGAAUUGAAUUCGAUAUACAAAAUUCUAAUGCGAAAACAGAAGAAAAAGAUACCUUGUUCUCAUUUUUGUAGCCUUUACCUCCUUGUAGGGAUAAGUGAGAUUUUAUUUCCAAAACGUAGCGGGAAAGUGUUUCCCGUAAUGUUUAAUCUUGUUGACAACUUAGGUGGUUUGGGUAGUUAUUGUUGGGGUAGUGUAGUUUAUCGUUUUCUGUUACGUAGUUUGUGCAAAGCUUCAGAAGGCUUGAAGAAAGGCAAAGGUAUUUCAAACGUUUACGUUGAUGGUUGUGUUUACAUGCUGCAGGUAAUUAAUAGUAUUUGAUGUAAUUACUUUAAUUGUUUUUUGAUUUAAGUUUCUUACAAGUUAAGAUGAUUAAUUUGUCU